UCCAGAUAUUCUAUAGAGGGCUGACACAUGCUUCGAGAGAUCUUAUUGAUAUGUCAGCUGGUGGAACAAUCAUGAACAAGACCGUUGAGGGUGCAAUUAUUCUCAUUGAGAGCAUUGCCUUCCACCAAAUGCAAUGGGGUUGUGAAAGGCCUAGUUCAAAUCCGAAGGUUGCAAGCCAUCUGCAAUCAGAAGCUGUGUGUUCCAUAAGUGAACAGAAAUCAUCCAUGGUGCCUAAUAUUCAAAACCAGCAUGUUCCAUUCCGGGGACAACAACAUUUCAGAGCUGAAUUAGAUCCUCCAUGUAGAAAGAUUGAUCUUACUUCAAGUAUCCUUGAUGAUGAUUAUGAUAUUUUUCAAGAUGAUGCAACCAUUGUAGAUCGGAUGGAAACCACAGUAGCAGAUCCAAUACCUCAUGGCAAUGAAACUGUCCAGAUUGAGUCAAAGUUGCAAGAAGAUGUUUAUGAGGAACCUACUCUGAUUGAUGCUAAGUUGAGACAGCAAGAUAUGGAGAAAUUCACUUGUGUUAGUCAACUAUGUGACUCGUGGAAUUUAGUCGUGGCACCAAUUGCCCACACUUGUGUUACAACUGUAUCUGGGAUAUUUGUCAAGAAGAAGUCAUUAGCUCCACCGGUGGUUGCCUCUAUCUCAGUUAAAGAGAGUAUCUCAGAGAAGAAUAGUGAAGAUGAGAUUCCAACUCCUGCACAUACAUCUAAGCAAGUCGGAGACAUUCCAAGGAGAGAGAUAGUUGAGUCAAAUUUAGAAGAGUUGAUACUUCAAUAUCCUGAGAAGAUCCCACGUGUUGCUGAGCUGCAUGACUGGUGGAAGUCAUCAGUGUCAGUGUUGAAACUUAGCAGUGAUGGUGAUGAGGAGAAUAUUGCUCAGAAAGACAGCGAGGUAGUGAUCUCAGCACCCCUACCAGAUCAUGUUAGUGCAUAUUCACAGAUGGGGACACUUCAGACUCAAUUAGGUGUUGCUGGUAGUAGCACCAUAGAAGAUCCAGAGGAAGAGAGAUCUCAACUUGAAGAAGAAAUACUUGAAGAGGAGGAACAAGAUGAUCCAGAGCUCGAACAACCAAGUGAUCAAGUUGAAGAUUCAUCAUCUACUACUCUUGAAGAAGCAAAAGAAGUUGUUGUAGAUGAACUUGAAGAACCAGAAAUUCAUUUGCCUAUUGUCAUACAAGAGCGUGAUGUAGAAGGUUCGAGGUGACAUCCCUUGGGAUCCUGGUGGAGUCAGAGCAUGGCGAUGAGGAGAAGUAAGGAGCACACAUGAAGAGAGAAGCUGGAGCAGGCAUGAGGAUAGGGAAGCAAAAGGAGAGGA